UGACUUCUCCCAGGAGGAGUGGGGGCUCCUUGAUGAGGCACAGAGGCUGCUGUUCUGCGAUGUGAUGCUGGAGAACUUUGCAAUCAUAGCCUCCCUGGGUUCUUGGCAUGGAACAGAGGAUGAGAAGGCAUCAUCUAAGCAGAGUGUUUCUGUAGAAGUAGUGUCACAGAUCAGGACUUCAAAGGCAGGUUCAUCCACCCGGAAUACUCACCCCUGGGAAAUGGGUGUCCCAGUCUUGAAAGACAUUUUGCACCUGACUGAGCAAGGAACACAUCCUGGGCAGAAUCCAUGCUUGGGUGGGACAUGUGUGAGAUGCUUCUGGAUGAGACCAAACCACCAGCAACAGAAGUGUCCCAGUGGAGAGAAACCCUUCAAAAAGGACAUGGAUGGGGCCUCAUUUAUGAAGAGCUGCAGAUUCCAUGUGUCAGGGCAACCCUUCACCUGUGGGGAAGUUGGUAAGGACUUCCCAGCAACCUCAAGUCUACUCCAGCACCAGGCCUCUCCUGAGAGUGAGAAGCAACCCAGCAGCCUUGAGUGUGGGAAGACCUUUCACAAUGGAAAAAGACUGUUCAGGUGGGGUAAAUGUGGGAAUUUUUCCAGUCACAAACACACACUUGUUCACCAUGAGAGCGUCUGCACUGGAGAGGGGCUUUAUGAGGGUAACAAAUGUGAGAAAGACUUCAGCUGCAAAUACAGAUUUGUUCAGUGCCAGGGAAUUCACACUGAAGAAAAGCCGUAUGAGUGUGUAGAAUGUGGAAAAUCCUUCAGAUUCAAAUGUUUACUCAGUUACCAUCAGAGAAUUCACACUGGAGAAAGGCCAUAUGAGUGUGAGGAAUGUGGCAAAUCCUUUAGAGUGCCCUCAUCCCUCAUUCGACAUCAGAAAAUUCACACUGGAGAAAAGCCUUAUGAGUGUAGUGAAUGUGGAAAACCCUUUAGCCGCAAAUCUUUACUCAGUUACCAUCAGAGAGUUCAUACUGGAGAAAGGCCUUAUAAAUGUGGUGAAUGUGGAAAAUUAUUUAGCCGUAAAUCUGACCUUAAUAAACACCAGAGAAUUCAUACUGGAGAAAGGCCUUAUGAGUGUGGGGAAUGUGGGAAAUCCUUUAGAGAUGCCUCAUCUCUCAUUCAGCAUCGGAAAAUUCACACUGGAGAAAAACCUUAUGAGUGUAGUGAAUGUGGAAAAUUCUUCACCCAGAGAUCGAAUCUUAAGAAACACCAGAGAAGUCACACUGGAGGAAGGCCUUAUGAGUGCAGGGAAUGUGGGAAAUUCUUUAGCUAUUGCUCCUACCUAAAUAAACACAAGAGGAUUCACACAGGAACAGUGCUGUAUGAGUGUUGUGAAUGUGGAAAAUCCUUUAGCCGAGGGUCCAGCCUCCUUAAACACCAGAGAAUUCACACUAGAGCUAGUGUAUAUGAGUGUGGCGAAUGUGGGAAAUCCUUUAGAUACAAAUGUUUACUCAUUUACCACCAGAGUUCACACUGGAGGAAGGCUUUAUCAGUGUGUGGAAUGUGAGAAAUCAUUUUGCGAUCACUUAGUCCUCAUUCAACAUUGGACAGUUCACACUGGAAAAAGGUGUUACGAGUGUGGACAAUGUGGGAAAUCAUUUAGCCACUGUAAAUCCUUCAUUAGACACCAGAGAGAUCA